AGGCAGCACAGGAAGAAAUCAUUACAAGAUAGAGAAAUGCUGUGAUAGAGGGUGCACAGGCAUGGAGGAGGCGGGGCUUGCCAGAGUAGACUGAGGACUCAGGGAAGGUGACUCUGGAACUGGGUCUUCAAGGACAAGGAGGCACUAGGCCUGGGGACAAGGAGUAGGGCAAAAGAGGGAUUCAGAUCCUACCUUUGUGGGGUCCUAGGAUCCUUGACAUCCACAUGAAGGCCUGAACCCUCUAUCCAGGGCCUGCUGGACCCCUCUCUGGAUCCCAGCUGCACCAACCCACGCCCCUCCCCCAGUACUGGGGGUGGGGGUGAGGCCUGUGCCAGUAAGGUUCUCGGCAAAAGCUUGGUUAGAUGUAGAGCGAGUCCUUCCUGUUGGGGGCGUUGCCUGCUGCCCAGCCCUCCUCCCUAACCUGCGCCUCCAGCCCCGCCUGCUGCGUCCCCAGGACUCUGUGCCCCAGGUCUGCUUGGUGCGUGGGGAUCUUCUCGGAGCCAGGACUCUUGUGGCCAAGGCAGAGGCUCACCGGUGUCUUCUGGCCCCUCCAUGAGUGAGACAAACCAAACCAUUGUGGGGCCCUCAGAGCUCCCCACAGCAUCAGCCAUGUCCCCUGAACCAGGCACUGGGGCCCGGGCAUGGCCUGUGCUGGUGGGGGUUGUGCUAGGGGCUGUGGUCCUCUCUCUCCUCGUUGCACUUGCUGCCAAAUGCCACCUCUGCCGCAAAUACCGUGCCAGCUACCAGCACCGCCCACUGCCCGAGACCAGGAAGAGGGUAUGCCCAGAAGUGGGUGAAGAUGACGAUGAUGAUGGCUUCAUCGAGGACAAUUACAUUCAGCCUGGGGCCAGUGGGCUGGGGACAGAGGACAACAGGAACCACUUCUCCCUCUGAAACCUGAUCUUUGGACACCCCUGGCCCCCUCAUGCCUGACAGCUUAAAGACAGCAGAUAUUGCAUGGGAGCUACUAGCCUCAGGGACAGAGGUGGUUAAGGUUUAAGGGGUGAUCAGGGAUAGAGCAAUCUUCCUUUCCCUGACGCUAGCCAUCAAAGUGACAAUGACCAUCUCUUACUCAUCAACCCUCAGUGACUCCCUGCUAUUCUCAGGAUAAAGCCCACCAAGGGCCUAACUGUGGAAAUAAGGCCUCUGUUAGCCUCUUGGUUUCCUUUCUUGCCUUUUUCUAUUAUACUCCCUAUCUACCUAAUUAUUAUUCUUAUGUGCCAGAUAACAUUUUAGCAGGUGAAAAUCAGUGUGCCAAGUUUCCUAUUGAAUUUUUUCCUAUCAAUAAAGUGGGUAAUCCGAAUGGUUAUAAUAUAUUACCUUUUUCACAGGUAUUAAUAAAUC